GCAGGUGAUAAUCUGCGUGAUCUUCAAAACAUUCGAGUCCUUCCCAAGAAUAAAAUACAAAGUACUAAACAUAUCAAGCCGGUUCGGAUGCAGAUCCGAUCGCUGGUUUGUCGCUCCAGUAUCCACAUCGCUCUUUACCAUGGCGAUCGAAAGCCGGAGUCCAGCAUGGGAGAAUAA